GCCAACUUCUCCUUCGCGCCGCUGCCGCCGCCUUAGCGCCCAGGCCUUCUGCAGAUCCCACACGCUAUGGACCCACUGGCUGGUUUUUCUGGUUUGCUUCUCCAGGGCAAUUUGCAUAUUUCCCCAAGAACCAUCCAGAAGCUGACAACCUGUUAGACGGAAGGCCCACAGUUGUUUCUGGAAAUCUGCGAUUUUUUUUAGAAAGGGGGAGAGAGAGAGAGAAACAUCAAUGUAAGAGAGAAACAACAAUCAGUUGCCUCCUAUAUGCACCCUGACCGGGGACCAAACCCACAACCUAGGACAGGCAAUGGCCGCGCGGGACAGGUCAAGCCUCAGGCUGCGUCAGGUGGCCGAGCCAGCCGUGGAGGGGGAGCCACGCCUGCCCGUGGGCCGGGAGUUGUCAGAGGCCAACCGCUUUGCCUAUGCCGCCCUCUGUGGCAUAUCCCUGUCCCAGCUAUUUCCAGAACCUGAGCAAAGCUCCUUCUGCACAGAGUUUGUGACAGGCCUGGUGAAGUGGCUGGAGUUGUCCGAAGCCGUCUUGCCAACCAUGACUGCCUUUGCCAGCGGCGUGGGAGGCGAAGGAGCCGACGUGUUUGCUCAGAUUUUAAUGAAGGACCCCAUCUUGAAGGAGGACCCGUUGGUGAUCACUCAGGACCUGCUGAGCUUCUCACUCAAGGAUGGGCAAUACGAUGCGCGGGCCCGAGUCCUCAUUUGCCACAUGACCUCCCUCCUCCGGGUGCCCUCGGGAGAGCUGGAUCUCCUUGAAGAGACGUUCCUUGAGAGCCUGAAGGAAACCAAGGAGGAGGAUUCUGAAACGGCUGAGGCAUCCAGGAAGAAGAAAGAAAACCGGAGGAAAUGGAAGCGCUAUCUCCUGAUAGGCCUGGCAACCGUCGGAGGUGGGACAGUGAUCGGUGUGACCGGGGGUCUUGCUGCCCCUCUUGUUGCCGCGGGGGCCGCGACAAUCAUUGGCAGUGCCGGGGCGGCAGCUCUGGGCUCGGUGGCCGGCAUAGCUGUCAUGACCUCACUGUUCGGUGCGGCUGGAGCUGGCCUGACAGGAUACAAGAUGAAGAAGCGUGUUGGGGCUAUCGAGGAGUUCACUUUUCUGCCUCUGACGGAAGGCAGGCAGCUGCACAUCACCAUCGCCAUCACGGGGUGGCUGGCGUCCGGCAGAUACCGCACCUUCAGCGCCCCAUGGGCCACCCUGGCACACAGCCGCGAGCAGUACUGCCUAGCGUGGGAGGCCAAGUACCUGAUGGAGCUCGGCAACGCCCUGGAGACCAUCCUCAGUGGUCUCGCAAACAUGGUGGCCCAGGAGGCUCUAAAGUACACCAUGUUGUCCGGCAUUGUGGCUGCCCUGACCUGGCCGGCCUCACUCCUCAGUGUCGCCAGCGUCAUCGACAACCCUUGGGGUGUGUGUCUCCAUCGGUCAGCAGAGGUUGGCAAGCACCUGGCCCACAUCCUGCUCUCCCGGCAGCAGGGCCGGCGACCUGUCACUUUGAUCGGCUUCAGCCUGGGAGCCAGAGUCAUCUACUUCUGCCUGCAAGAGAUGGCUCAGGAGAAAGAUUGCCAAGGGAUCAUCGAGGACGUCGCCCUGCUGGGUGCGCCUGUGGAAGGAGAAGCCAAGCACUGGGAGCCUUUCCGGAGGGUGGUGUCCGGGAGGAUCGUCAACGGCUACUGCAGGGGAGACUGGCUGCUGAGCUUCGUGUACCGCACGUCCUCGGUGCAGCUCCAUGUCGCCGGCCUGCAGCCCGUGCUGCUGCAGGACAGGAGGGUGGAGAACGUGGACCUGUCCUCCAUCGUCAGCGGCCACUUGGACUAUGCCAAGCAGAUGGAUGUCAUCCUGAAGGCCGUGGGCAUCCACACCAAGCCAGGCUGGGACGAGAAGGGGCUCCUGCUGGCCCCAGGCAGCCUGCCCCAAGGGGAGCCUCAUCAGGCAGCAGAUGACUCCUCAGCAGACAAGAGCACUGCCCAGGGUGGGCAGACCCAGGGCCCCGCACCCAGAGACACCUCCAGAACGCCCAGAUCCGCUGACCCCAGCCAAGCCCAGGUGCCAAUGGGGCUGGAGCAACCCGAAGGGGCCUCCCUUGCUGCUGCUGCCUGCCCUGCUGAGAGCCCCCAGACGUGCAGCCAUGGCGUGGACCCCAACCCACUGGGCUGCCCCAGCUGUGCCCAUGAGAUCCAGAGGCCCGGCCCAGGGCUGGAUUGACCCCAGAAGAGGACUUGAGCCGUCUUCCCGGAUUUCCACAGGCCACGCUGCUCUCUCACUCCCCCCACCAGGCUCCCUGCGGGAGCUCUGAAGAAUUUCCACCAGUGCCUUUCCUAAAUUGGAGGCUCUGGGAUUGAAAAGCAAGGAAUUGAAAGGAGGGAGAUUUGUAGGGAGACGACGGACCCUUUCUUGGGAAGGAAAGCCAGAACCCUGCGGAAUCAACCAAGCAUAGUCGAGAGCCCAGGACUACCCGCCACGGGCCUCCUGUGCUUUAGGUCACAGCUGUGACAUCUGGCUGUCCAUCCAGAGGUCCAGGGGGCUCCCUGGGGCCUGAGGCUCCCACCCGCCCCUCUCCCCCGGCCUCAGGUGGGCCAGGUGUCUGCCUGCUCGUCCAUCCACUCCAGGGCUGCCCACUUGCCCACAGGCCCCAGUUGGGAGCGGGCAGCCCGCUCUCUGCUCUGGGAGAUCCAAUCAGAUCAGCCACAUGCAGCCAAGUGGGCUGUGCACUGCACAACCACAGGGGCAUCAAUCACACAGACGUGAUGGGAAGGGCGCCCCGAAAGGUGUGCUGCACAGUGGCCCGGGAUGUAAUUGUAACAGAGCUUGGUGAGCAAAUGCUGAACCUGCCUGCGGUACAGGUGGGAACUGGCCCUGGUAGCAAGGAUGGAUUGUAUGGGGGAGGGAUUUCCUGUAGCAGGAACAGAGGUGAUGAUGAAAAAUAAAGAAGAAUAAUGGCUACCA